GUGAGAGCCACUUCUGCCCUGCCUCGUCCUAAUGCAUUCAAUCCCACUCUCAAAGUUGAUGGCCGAAUCCCAAUCAGUGGAAGAGCUUUGCUUACCCUUGAAGACGAAGAGCGCGGUGGACCUGCAGUCGCUGGUGAGACGCGAGCCGAGCCCCGGGCUGACGAGGAGCAUGCAGCCGUUGUCGGUGAACUCGGACCGGCGGCCGUCCUGUGCCGCCCUCAACAGGGCCCGCAGGCCGAGCCACCUCUCCGACCUCCUGCCCCCGGGCGCCUUCACCGGCUCCAGGGAGCGCAGGCCCAGCUUCAACAGCGUCCUCGCUCAGGUUACAGCAGAACGUCGCCCAUCCUCAAGUAUGCUGCGGAUAAGCAAUGUCUGACCUUCCGCAAGCCUCGACGAACGCAAUUCUCUCGGCAUCUUACCAGAGAAUGCAUAAAGAGGCUAAAUGUCACACUUCUUCCUUAAUCUGCUCUCUUACUUCUGUCUUGUUAUGGAUGGUAGUUGAGAAGUUCUUCUUUGGAGCCCUCAGAAUUGAUGAGAAUUUUGUCAAUGUUUAGGUGUAAUAUUAUCUUUUACUAACAAGUUUAUUGCUAAUACGUACCACCGAACAUGUUUUUCAGACAUUUUGUCAUUAAACCUAAUUAUAUUAGUGGGGAAUUGUGUUCCACUAGAAUAUGGAUAACUUUUGCUAACCUUAAUAAAUUGUACAAGUAGCUGUGACAAUACUUGGUAUUCAACAAGUCAAAUAUGAACUGUUGAUAUUUUCUUAAUUGUCAAUUAACAUGAGAGAAAUCCUAACAUUAUUUUAGGAAACUGACAUACGUAUAUAUCCCUUAAUGCAAGUUAAUUUAAAUACUAAAUCAUCUGAUAAUAUAUUUUUUAAAAAUAUAUAAUUCAUGUUAUAUUUGUGCUAGUUGAUAUAUACUCUUCAUUUUAAAACAACAGUGGUUGUCCAUUAGUAUAGACUGCCAUCAGUAUAUAACUAUACAAUAAAAUCUUUAUCACAUAGUUCUAGAAAUUCUUGAUUUAGAAAAACUAGAAAAUACUAUUUAAUUUCUUUUAUAGUAAUAAUACUUAUAUCGAUAGAAAUAUUAUCGAACAGUAUCACUAUUGUAUAUAAUUCAUAUGAUUUAUUGGAAAGUUUGUGAAUUGAACAAGACCUUAACUUCUUGAUAACAAUGGUCUGGUCCUGUUGUUACAAGCUAGCUGGAUUUAUUUUAAUAAUCAUUUAGAAUUAGAGCAACUCUCUAAGCCCCUGGUUCUCUUAAUAAAGUUAUCAUACUCACUUACUUGAUUCUCAUAAGUGAUCUUGGUUGUAGUACUUAAUUAUUAUUUUAUAACACUUUAAGGUGUCGUCCGUAGGCCAGAGACACUUUAUUUGGAUGUACCUAAAGUAUUUUAUAUGUCUCCAUAUAGAUUUUUGUGCUACAAGAAUUGGAAUUAAUGCUUUCAAUUUUCAGAUAAUAAGGCUUGACUUUAUCAUGUUAGAGGUUCUCAAUGAAUCCUUGAACUACUCUUCUGGAAUGUAUUUUGUUGUUAAGGUACAGCUGCAGCUGUAACAUCUUGGUGGAAAAUUCCCCUCACGGAGAUGCCAAUGGGUCUGCCUCAUGUGUCCUAUCCUGUGGCUUGUUAUAAUUGCUUGAUAGGUUAGCAGUUUGCCAAUGUCUAUGGCAUAGGUCAAACGUUUAUAAACAUUUUUCAUUUUGUCAGUGUUUGGAAUCUUGGACCAAAAAUAACAUCAGACUUUGGCCCAAUAUUACUGUAUUGAAAUUGUACAGCACCAUGAUAUUAGAUUAGGUGUUGCCUACUUCUUUGGCACCCGUGUCAGCCAGUUCGUAAACCAUUAUUCCUACACACAAUUAGGGACCAAGGGAAUAUUUAUUGUUUUAUUUGUUUUUUGAAUUAAGUGUGUGAUGUAAAAAAGUAUGGGAUCAUUAGGAAAUUGAAAGUUUUAGAUUGUCUUGAGGGUUGAUUAUAGUCCUAUCUGAGUUGUAUUCUAAUGGAUGGAAAUUCUAAUUCAUAUAUGACUGCUAUUUAUUUCAUUAAUUAACGUUAAGAGUUGGCAAUGAUAUUUUGCUUGACCAAGAAUACUGACUAAAUGGUAGAAAAUCUGUACUGUAUAGUCUCUUUAGAAGCACUACUUAACAGCCAACAUGUUAAUAUUUGUUUUGACAUAACUGUGUUGUAAAUACAAGUAAUCUUGAAGUAGUUUUAAAGAAAAUUUUUAAAACCUGUUUUAAUACUUCAGGAAAUUAAGUUGACUUUUUAAUAUGUUUAAGAGAAGAAUAAAAAUUUUCUGUUACUUGUUCAAGGAGGUAGUUGUUUUGGGAAUGUUGUAUAAAGUAUUGAUAAUGAAUAUGAAGUAUAGUGGAGGGCGGCAGGAGAGAGUAAUUGCUAAUUAAUACUUUGAAAUGAAAUAUCAAAGAUACUUUAUGAUACAUACUGCAAAUUUAAAAUAAAUACAGUGGAAUAUGAGAAGAAUUCUACUGUUUAGGUUGAUGAGCAAUUUAUAUUACAUAAUUAACUUUUUUUUCUUAAAAUAUAAGCAAAAAUUCUAAUAAUAUAUUAAAAAUGAACGAAACUGCUUACAGAAAAAAAAACGUAAAUUAACUUCUUCAAUAAACCUUUCCCUCUUGAGAUCUACAAACUCCCGCACUUUUUAUGUUAAAACUAAUCUUAACCCAAAUUUGAUCAUUUUUUAAAUUGUCAGUUCUUUCACAAUAGGCAUAAUAUGGUUACCAUGUACAGAUACAUGUAGUGUAGUAUCCAUUCAUAUUAUAUUGUACAUAUAUCCCAUUCGCAGAUGCAGAAUUUAUUAAUUAUACAGUUACCACUAAACACUUAAAAGUGUUUUUAAAAAAGGAACCGUUUAUCUCAAAUACAAAAAUCAGUUAAGCUCUAAAAGUUAUCUUCAUUAAACAUAAUUAGAAAUAUAAAAGUUUAGAUUAUGACACAUUAAAAAUAUACCUUGUUCUAUAUUUGCAGAAUUUUAUAAGCAGUGGAUUUUUCUUUAAGGAAACGCAGUGUAUUAAAAUAUUACAUUUAGUUCAGAAAUAGAUAGUAGGUUUAAUAAUAAUCAAUGUAGUUCUAGUGUUUUAGGAUCUAGUACUGGGUGAAUUCAUAUUGGCGAGUAGAACAAUUAGUAAAAUGGUUUAUGGGACAAAUAAAUAAUUUAAAGAAGAUAUAGGAAGUAAGUAAAAAAAAAAAAUCUGAUACUUUUGUUUAUUAUGUUUAUGUUAUUUAUUGUUAAAGGUUAAAAACAUCUCAAAAAAAGUAUACAUCUAAUAUUUUUUUUUUUAUUAUAAAUGAAUGAUAGUAAAAACAAGUUAAUUAAUUAGCACCAAAAAAAAUUAUAUUAGGUCAUUGUUAUUUGAGUUGUUGUUUCCUUUUAUAGUAUUGAAAUUUUCUAAUUAGGCGUUGAACCCUUAACCCCCAGGCUUGGAUAUUAACUCAACUGUGGCAGAUAAUUUAAUUAUCAUGUUAUCAGACAUAAAUUAUUAGAGACACUCCAAAGACGUAUCCAGCCUCUAAAACGGGAAUACUUGUUACUUUAUUGAUUUUUGGAAUAAAUCUGCAAUUUGAUCAUAAAGAUCAACCACCUCCUUUAUAACCCCACUUCCUUGCAAAGUACUAACUCCAAGACUUUUCAUGGAUUAUAGUGGUAUAUGUUUUGGUGAUGUAUUUAAUAUUGAUAAAAUAUUCUAUUUUUCAUUCAAUUGGCUGCGUUGAUUUAUUUAUUUCUAUAAGUACAAUCUUUGAUAUAAAAAAAUCAGAAGUACUGAUUUAUUUUGUUUUCAACCAGAAUUUUGUAGUGAUGCAUUUCAACGGCAAAUCACCUAAGGUAUCUUGUUUGGCUUAUCUCCACCUGCUGGACUGUUAUAUUGCAGAUUGUACAGCAUUAUUUUACUAUUAGAUAUAUUUUAAACAAUCAUGAUAUUAUUUAACAAGAAUGUACUGUAGUUAAUGGUUUGCAACUUCAUCUUCAACAGUAACCACUUAUUCUCCAGACACUAAUAGAAUUAAUGUACAUACAAUUCAUAUUUGACCAUUGAAUGAAGAUAAAAUUUAGUAAUUAAUAUUAUUAUUGCAGCUAUGGCAUUUAAUAAUAUCUAUGGCUUUAAUAAACUUAAGAUUUCUAGAAGGAAAAUUUUUAUAUUGAUAUAUUUUAUGGUAAGAGAGAUGACCUCCAAUUUUAUUAUUCUUCAAACAAAUUAAAAUAUAUCAUACUUUAAGGAAAAGCAAAAAAGUUAUAUAGGCUUAGUAUACGUAUUAGAGCAUUAAUUAAACUUAAUUUUUUUUUUUAAAUACUUGUACAUUCCACACAAUAAACAGAAGUAAUAUGAAUGUAAUUGGCACAUCCAGCAUUAGAUCUCAUUAGUAAACACUCCACCAAUUCUUUUGAAUUUGAAUUGAAUAGGAUUUUACUAAACCAACUUUUUUUUCCCCCUACCCCCAGGAAUUUAUUUACUACACAAAAUACAAUAAAACAAAAUAUAAAAACAUAAAGAAAUAUAUAUACAAAAAUUUCUAAUUUCUUUUUAAUAAACCAAUUCCUUAAGCCAUUUCUUUUUAUCCUUCCUUGGAAAAACCAAACAUGUUUAUUGAUAAAUUAUAUUAUUUAUGGAAUGAAGUGAGAAUGUAGUACUACAGGUAUGCAUAAGUCUCUAAUGUUUUGUAACUAAUAUAUUCAUGGAGUAUAUUAUAUUAUUGUCAAUAUAUUCCAAAGUUUAUAUUUAGCAGUCCUGAAAAUUUGUUCAUAUAAAAUUUGAAAAAUUGUCAUAUCUUUAUACAAUAGCACUUAUGUCUCACUUGUCUUCUUAGGUCACAUUCACAUUAAAAAUCAGUUUUAAAUAAUUUAAUGUAAAUUCUUUUGAAUAGGUUCAUAUAAAUUGGAGAUAUAUUUUGUGUCUGAGUGUAAAUGUGAUAUUUUAAGAUUUGUCAUUGUCAUUUUAUUUUCAGUUGUUUUAAAUAGAUUGUAUAUGUAAAUAAAACUUAUGAGUAAUUGAAGCCCGGAUUUUGUCAGUAGGUAAGGUGAAUUUGUCUGUUUUUUGUACUUAUGUUGCCAUUAUUUUGUUUGAACAAAUCAGUAUAUCAUCUCUGUACAUAUGAAACAUUCUAUUCUUCAUGGAGAUAGAGAGACCUCUUCAUGUUUAUUAAUAACAACUUUUACUUAUUUUAUCAUUUUUAAUAUUCUCAAAGCUAUCUAUAAUAAUCAAUAUAAUUGAUUAAUUUAUUAAAAUAAAAAAAAAUUAAGGGUGCUCAAAUUCUACUGAUUCAGAUUAAUUGAUGCUCUAUUUACUUUAAAAUUUAAUUGAUAUGUGAGAUUAAAGUAUGUAAAGUUUUAAAGAUACCUAACCAUCACCUUGUAAACAUGAGUUCUUAUAUUGUAUAUUUUGUAACACAAAAAUUGUAUAUAUACAUCAUAUUUCUUAAAUCCUAGCCAGACUUAAUGUUAUUCUUGUAAAUACUUGUUGUCUAUAUAAUAUUCUAAAUAAAUAAUGGAACUUGAAUUUAAUGAAGGGUGUAUAAAUCUUAUACACCAUAUUUGUAAGUCUUUUUAGAUUUAUAGGACUGCAAAAAUCUAUCGCUCAAAGUUUUGCACUUUUACUCAUUUGGCUCAUAAAAAGAAAAACAAAUCGAAACACUCUAAAUGUAAAAAUGAUUGUACAUUAAAUAUUGUAUUUUGAAAAAGAUAGUUUUAUAAAUAAUUCUGACAUUGUAUAGUUUGUCAAAGCAUUUGAAAUAUUUCAUUAAGGGAGCACAUUACAUUGCACACUAUAUAUUAAGAAUAUUUUUUUAAAACUAUAUUUUUUCUGUAAUAUCUUUAUUUUAUUUUUAAGUAAUUUGAAGCUUCAGUUUAUUACUUUAGUCUUCUGUUUUAGCUUAGAAUAUAGUUACAUCAUGAAAGAUUAGAAAAUUCAUUGUAUAGAUGUUAUACAUGCUGUGUGCUUUUAUAUGAAAAAUAGGCUAGAUUGAUGGAAACUGAAAUGUAUCGUCCUAUACAGUAGACUGAUUGUAGAUAAGUAGAAAUAUGCUGGACAUUGAAUUGAAUCUGUCAGUAAGUAUAAAUAUAUUCAAUACAUGAAUAAGUGCAUUGUAAAAGAAAAUCAGUGCCAACCUAAGUGUAAUAAAUGUAGGAUUACCAUUAUAAAAAACAAUGUGUAUUAUAACAUAAUUAACUAUGAAAAUGUAAUAAGUAAUAUAUGGUAGGAUUUUAGCAUAUGACUUGUUGAAUAUUUAGGACCAAUAUUAACCAAAUAUAAUUUUUUUUUUUUGUUAAUAUAAUGUAGAAAUGUAUAUUAAUGAGCACAAACUAAGUUUUUAAUAUUUAAAAAAAAAAGAAGAAGACAUUUAUAUAUCUACUGUCAGUUUGCUAACUAAUAAUGGAAAAUUUAUUUCAUGUUUUCUUUUCUUUUUUUAAUGUAUCAGAAAAUUGUCAAAUACAGUUAAACUGCUUCUGUCUGACAAAGAGUAAAGAUAUGUUUGUUGAUACCCUAUCCAUAUUAAAAAUAUAUUGAUUUCAUUUUAAUCAUCAAAAUUCUAUCUAACCAAGCAUUCUGUUAAGGCAGUAGUCCAUAAGACAGGUUUAGCAGGAAAUCAUUGCACACUGAAAUCAAAAUUCAACGAUUACUUUUUACCUACACUAUCCU